AUGGCGAAAAGCAGAUACGAAUACGUGAAAAACUUUGAGCAGGAAAACCAUCUUCUUCCCGACUGUCAUAUCGUGGUUCGAGUUGAUGGUCGAGGGUUUCACAAGUUUUCAAAGUUCUACAAUUUUGAGAAGCCCAACGAUCUCAGAGCCAUUGAGUUGAUGAACAAAUGCGCCGAGCUGAUUGUGUCUCAAUUUGAUGAUGUUAUUAUGGCUUAUGGCGACUCCGACGAGUAUUCUUUUCUGCUGAGGAGAAAGUGUUCUCUGUUUGAGAGAAGAGAGAGUAAACUGGUUAGUACCUUUGCUAGCACGUUUACGAGUUAUUAUGUCGCAUUGUGGGGGAGGUAUUUCAACGGAAAUGAGUCACGUGAUGAGACACGUGAGACGACUGAGGAGCGGAAGGAGGAGGACAUGAAGGAGGAGGAGCGGAAGGAGGAGGAAAGGAAGGAGGAGGAGAGAAAAGCAGUCAAGUCUGAACCACGUGACGACUCACGUGACUCUCGCUCAAACGAACUUGUGAUUCACAUGCUUCCUACUUUUGACGCUCGAUGUGUCGUCUAUCCAAACGCGCAAUCUAUCCGAGACUACUUUUCGUGGAGACAGGUGGAUUGCCAUAUCAACAACUUGUACAAUACGACAUUCUGGACGUUGGUUCAGCAGGGAAAUAUGACUACGCAGGAGGCUGAGCAGCGGCUUAGCAAGACCGUCAGCAAGGACAAGCAUGAGCUGUUGUUCACCGAGUUUGGACUCAACUACAACAACGAACCGGACGUGUUCAAAAAGGGAACGACCAUUGUGAAGGAGUUUGACACUACGGGGCUCAGUCAGCGGCAGGUGGAGCGCAAGAUGAAGAAGAUGGGGAGGGUGAGGGUGAUGCAUUGUGAUAUUAUUCGAGACGGAUGGUGGGAUGAGAGGAAGUGGAUUUUGGAGUAA